AGAAUCCACAAUCAGCGGAGGUGAACACCGGACGCUUCAUCAGCGUGUUUGAGUGGAAGCAGCGCGAAGACGAUAAUAAACACAUCAGUGGUGGAGAAGCAACAAUGUCUUCAGUUCAGGGUUUGAGAGAGUUUGUCAGUGAGCGACUAACUUCUGCUGCUGAAGAAAUAUUCAGAGUCUUUGAACAAACUGUCGUCGAGUACGAGAAAGAGAUCGUUCGUCAGCGCAGGUUGUUGGAUAUCGUUUGGAAACCUGAGAUAAAGCUUCACAGGACAAAGCUCCCGCAGCAACAUGUAUGUAGGAAGAAGAAGGAAGUUCUCACUGACCAGCAGCUCUGUGACCAGGAGACAAACUCUAGUCUGGACCAAGAGGACCCACAGACACCAACUGCUGCUGCUGAAGAAAUACCCAGAGUCACUCAGAAUAUUAUCCUUGAGUUCAAUGAAGACAUUAAUUAUCAGCGCAGACUACUGGAUCUUGUUUGGAAACCUGAGAUAAAACUACACAGGACAGAGCUCCCACAGCAACAUAUCUGUAAGGAGGAGGAGGUUCUCAGUGACCAGGACAAGAACUCCAGUCUGGACCAAGGGGACCCAGAGCCUCCACAGAUUAAAGAGGAGCAGGAGAGAGUCUGCACCAGUCAGGAGGGAGAGCAGCCUGUACUGAAGCAGAAGAGCGAUGCUGUUAUGUUUACUCCUACUAAUGAGGAGAUCAACCACAGUGGACAAGAACCAAAGAGUGACCAGCUCCUCUCUCACAACUCUCCUGUAGCUGAGAGCCAAGAUCAGAGAGGAAGCAAUGAUGUGGACCCGGGAUCAACUACAGUUGAAGAGUCAAAGAGUAAGAAGAGAAAGAUGACGCGUCACAGUGACUAUGUAGACAACUCUUUCCCAACAAAGAGACACCGUAACACUCACACAGGUAAAAAGUGUUCAACAUGUGACAUUUGUGGGAAAAGUUUUAGAUGUAAAUCUAUAUUAGUCGUACAUAUGAGAAUCCACACAGGUGAGAAGCCAUAUUCUUGCAAAACAUGUGGCAAAGGUUUCACACGUCCUUAUAACCUGGAAUAUCACAUGAUGUCACACACAAGUGAGAAGCCAUAUCCUUGCAAUAAUUGUGGGAAAGCUUUUAAAACAAGAUGUGUCUUAAAUGUCCACAUGAGGAUUCACACGGGUGAGAAGCCGUAUUCUUGCAAAACAUGUGGGAAAGGUUUCAAACAGAUUGGUGGGCUGAACUCUCACAUGAGUGUCCACUCAGAUGAGAGGUUGUAUUCCUGUGAAACAUGUGGGAAAAGGUUCAAGUAUAAAAGCGUCAUACUGGACCACAUGAGAAUCCACACAGGUGAGAAGCCAUAUUCUUGCAAAACAUGUGGCAAAUGUUUCGGACGUCAUAAUUACCUGAAAUAUCACAUGAUGUCACACACAAGGGAGAAGCCAUAUCCUUGCAAUAAUUGUGGGAAAGCUUUUAAAACAAGUUAUGUCUUAAAAGUCCACAUGAGGAAUCACACUGGUGAGAAGCCCUAUUUGUGCAAAACAUGUGGGAAAAGCUUCAAGACUAAAAGCACCAUGCUGUACCACAUGAGAAUUCACACGGGUGAGAAGCCCUAUUUGUGCAAAACAUGUGGGAAAAGCUUCAAGACUAAAAGCACCAUGCUGGACCACAUGAGAAUCCACACAGGUGAGAAGCCAUAUUCUUGCAAAACAUGUGGCAAAAGUUUUUCUCAGUUAUCAUCAUUACAUAGGCAUAUUAGGAUUCAUACAUCUCUUACAUUUCAAUCAGGGAACGAGAUGGAGUACAAAACAGCAAAGAACAGUCUGAGAAAAACGCUAAAUGCUAAAAAGCGGUACAAGGAGAAACUGGACGGCACAGCCACAGGGAUCACCAACUCCACCAUCACCCUGCCUGAACAGCUCAACCAAUUCUACACCCGCUUCGAGACCUCCAGCAGCAACACACAGGGACAACACACACUCACACACCCAGACCACACAACCCACACAAUUCCACACUCUGUGACUGACUGUCAGAUUUCCUCGCUGGCAGGCCGCAGUCUGGACAACACCAUCCUGAAAUUAUCUGACGACACCACAGUCAUUGGACUUAUUACUGACGGUGUGGAAACAGCAUAUAGACGUGAGGUGUCUAGUCUGGUGACAUGGUGGGAAGAGAACAACCUCACCCUCAACAAGGACAAGGCCAAGGAAAUGAUUGUGGACAUGAGAAAGGAGAGGAGAACUCAUUGGCCACUGUUCAUCCGGGGGCUUGAGGUGGAGAGGCUGACUGGACAAGAAAGCACAACAGCAGCUGUACUUCCUGAGGAGGCCGAGGAAAUUCAGCAUGUCACCAAAGAUCCUCAGCAACUUGGGAGCACCACUGCAAUGGAGACCACUGAGAGGAUCACCAGGACAUCACUACCCUCUCUGCAGGACAUCUACCACUGCAGAGUCCACAGAAGAGCCUGCUCCAUUGUCAAGGACCCCACCCAACCCCAACACGGACUGUUCACACCUCUGCCCUCUGUCCAGAAGGUGGCGAAGAAUCCACAAUCAGCGGAGGUGAACACCGGAAGCUUUAUCAGCGUGUUUGAGUGGAAGCAGCGCGAAGACGAUAAUAAACACAUCAUUGGUGAAGAAGUAACAAUGUCUUCAGUUCAGGGUUUGAGAGAGUUUGUCAGUGAGCGACUAACUUCUGCUGCUGAAGAAAUAUUCAGAGUCUUUGAACAAACUGUCGUCGAGUACGAGAAAGAGAUCGUUCGUCAGCGCAGGUUGUUGGAUAUCGUUUGGAAACCUGAGAUAAAGCUUCACAGGACAAAGCUCCCACAGUAUGUCUGUAAGGAGAAGGAGGAGGUUCUCACUGAGCAGCAGCUCUGUGGCCAGGAGAGAAGCUCCAGUCUGGACCAAGAGGACCCAGAGCCUCCACAGAUUAAAGAGGAGCGGGAUGAACUCUGCAGCAGUCAGGAGGGAGAGCAGCUUGUACUGAAGAAGGAGAGUGAUCCCUUUAUGUUUACUCCUACUAAUGAGGAGGUCGACCACAGUGGAGAAGAACCAAAGAUUGACCAGCUCCUCUCUCACAACUCUCCUGUAGCUGAGAGCCAAGAUCAGAGAGGAAGCGAUGAUAUGGACCCGGGAUCAACUAGAGAUGAAGAGUCGAAGAGAAAGAAGACGCAUCACGAUAACACAAGUCACAGUGACAAUGUAGACAACUCUUUCCCAACAAAGAGACACCGUAACACUCACAAAAGUAAAAAGUCUUUAACAUGUGACACUUGUGGAAAAUCGUUUAAGUUCAAGUCCUGGUUAAUUAUACAUCUGAGAACCCACACAGGUGAGAGGCCAUACCCUUGCAAGACCUGUGGUAAAGGCUUCACUGACAUACCAACAUUGAAUGUUCAUCUAAGAAUCCAUACAGGUGAGAGGCCAUAUAUUUGUGAAAUAUGUGGGAAAAGUUUCAGAAUUAAGACAGACUUGUUGCUCCACUUGAGAAUCCACACAGGAGAGAAACCGUACUCCUGCAACACUUGUGGGAAAAGAUUCAAUCAGAAAACAAGUUUGAACAAGCAUUUGAAAAUUCACACAGGUGAGAAGCCAUAUUCUUGCGAGACUUGUGGGAGAGCUUUUAGACAAAAUAGCAUCCUUAAAAACCACAUGAGAACCCACACAGGUGAGAAACCCUAUGGUUGUGAAACAUGUGCAAGAAGCUUCAGUUGUUCAAGAUCAUUGCAAAAGCACAAUAGAAUUCAUUCAGAUGAAAGUUGAAUAUAUAUUGAACAUGUGGGUGAGCUAUCUGACUUUGAUGUGUCUCACUUGGGAAUCCCCAUGAGAUCACAUUCAGCAUAGCAACAUAUUGGUUUUUUUCCAAUAUGUGGAAGAGGAUUCAGUUGUUGUUCAUGGACACAACACACAAGCCACAUAAGUGAAAAUCAGUUUACACAGGAGAAACAAUCAAGAUGAGACUUGUGUGGAGUUUAUAAACUCAUGCAGUUGCAAAUACACUUUUGCAGUAGAUAGAUCUCUGCAUUUCAAUGUAUUAAAUUGAUAAGAAGUCAGUGUCAAGUUAUCAUGGUUAUUGUGAUCACUCACUUAUAAUGGUCAAAAAGCUAAUAAUCUUUAUACAAAUGCUGUUUAAUAGAACAGAUUCAUCAUCAUAAUAAUUUAUUACAUAUGACUGACUAAUCAAGUAUAAUUAUUAUAAUAAAAAUAAUAUGAAUAAACAUAACAGGAUAUGAAUAAAUAAAACAAUAUAUAUAGCAUAUACUACGGUUUAUAUACUUAAUAUUUAUAACAUUACAUAUUGUAUUGUUAUUGAAUAUCAGGUAAAUAUUCAAGAACAAAUACCUAUUAAUAUUCAGGGAAGACCAGCCUUUAUUUAAUUUUUUCUGAAUUGCUAAAAUGCAUUUCCUGAAACCCCUUUUCUCAAAACAGUAAACACAAACACAAAAAUUCAAGCUAAACUCACAAAACCUUUGUCUUGUUUGUAAAAUCGAACAAUUGAUUCGAAACAAUUUUAUCUUUACCCUAAACCAAACACUGCCAUCAACUGCAUCAGCUAAUGUAUACACACUACUCAGAAAUCAUUACACACUACAUAAAUAAAUACAAAACAAUGCAAAACACUGGGCAUAGAAGGAAAAAUAAAUUCUUUCCUGAAAAAGUUCUGAAAAUAUUUACUGUAGGAUAUUUACACAUUCCUGCACUUAUUGAAACUCAUAUGUUUACAUUAGAGGAGUUUUUCUUGGGUAUCUGGGUUUCGGUCAUACACUUCACCGCCAUGAGGAUAAAUCUUCUAUAGGGUUUCGGGAGAGAGGGUCUGGUCCUACACGAUGUUUUACAUUUUGGUUGGUUCUGUGUUAAUGAUAACAGGGUAAAUGGUUUGUAUUUGUAUAGCUUUUCUAGUCUUGAUGACCACUCAAAGUGCUUUACAGUACAGUUUGCCAUUUACCCAUUCACACACACAUUCAUACAGUGCAUCUAUUAGCACUUUCUUUUUUUGUUCUAUGAGGGGCAAUUCGGCAUGCAGAUGGGGAAGACUGGGGAUCGAACUGCCGACAUUCUGGUUGGAGUACGACCUCUCUACCCCUCAGCCACAGCCACACAGGGUGUUAGUUGUUUUUAACCUUUGAGCCUCUGUGUGUCAGUCUGGGUCAAAGUGUGCCACACUGCUAAAUGUGUUUAGUGAAUGAGAAUGUGUCUAGAGUUUUGACGUAUAUGUGCACAUCAAAUUCUGUCAUAAUGCUACAAUAGCAUUACCAGUAUACAUGUACAUGUAUUUCCCAGAGCAAACUGUAAACAAGGAUCUAUCAUAACAGCAAAUACUGAAUAAGAACAGCAGUUCUGGAAAGAGCAGUGUCAUUAUAGAAUGUUGAUGUAUUUUCCAUGUAACAGCAGCAUCACACAGAAAAUUCAAAUUAAACUUUAACAUUGUGUGACAUCAUUGCCUAAAAACUGACUGUUUAUUGUUGGAUAGUUUUUUUGUAAAGAGUGAGAAAGAAAACACUUGCCCCUGUAGCCCUUGCUACCUUCACGGACAAUAUGGGACAAGUAGAAACUUCCAAUUAGUGAUGCAUAGAAACAUCUAGAUCUUUAGUGAAUAUAAUAUAGUGUUCCUCUGUCUGACGAAUACAAUGUCAAAAAUAUAGCUGAUAGUUCUUCCUUUUUUUGUUCAUUUUGGUUUACAAAAAGUCAAAUUUGACAAAUGGAAGAAAUGAAUGUGUAAAGUUAAGGAUGUGGAAACAGACAGCUGUAAGGACAAGGUGUAAACAAGUGGCAGAGAUUAAAUGAAAACCAUCUGACCAGAGCUUAAUGUAAUGAGUGUUUUACCACCAAACAGAUGUAUUUAACUGUACAUGCAGUUUUGCAAAAUGGGUGAUUGAUUCGAGAAACAUGUUUUGCCAGUUUACAGUGUUGUUUAGAGAAUGGGGUUUUGUGUUUUGGCUAUUCAGAGGAAAUGUAGUUGACCUGGAUAAGGUAUAGGGGGCCACUGUUUCAGAAAAAAGUUUAGAACUA